AGGACUCUGAGCGCCGCUGUUCACCAACCGGGGGAAAAUGGUGCAAAAGAUCUGCCAGAACCACUGAGCUUUUACCGUACAAAGAAAUACCAGAUUGAGAUAAACUCUCUUCCAAGCUGCAUCAAACUCAGUUCUCUUAUACUAGAUUCUGGGCUUCUUUUACGAAUACAAAAGAUUCCACACUGACACACUGGCAUCCAGAAGCACAACAGGAGAUAGCCCAGUGUCUGAACAAGAUCAGCACAACAAUGGCGGCUCCGCAGAGGGGUCGGGACUACAGAAGAUUCAUCCUGCUCUCCGUCCUCCUGGGGACCCAGAGAGAAGCUUGGGCAGGACAUCUUCUCUACUCCGUGCCCGAGGAGACAGACAAAGGGUCUUUUGUGGGUAAUAUCGCUAAGGAUCUCGGCCUGGAGCCUGGGGAACUGGCGGAGCGUGGAGUCCGCAUCGUCUCCAGAGGUAGGACGCAGCUUUUCGCUCUGAAUCCGCGAAGCGGCAGCUUGGUCACCGCAGACAGGAUAGACCGAGAGGAGCUCUGCGCUCAGAGCGCGCGGUGCCUGGUGAACUUUAACAUCCUGAUGGAUAAAAUGAAUCUUUACCCUGUAGAAGUGGAAAUACUAGAUGUUAAUGACAACGCUCCUAGAUUCUUGACGGAAGAAAUGACUGUAAAAAUAACGGAGAACACAGCUCCUGGGGUGCGGUUUCCGUUAAAUGAGGCUCGGGAUCCAGAUGUGGGCACUAACUCCCUCCAGAGCUACGAGCUCAGCCCCAAUCAUCACUUCUCCCUGGUUGUGCAAAAUGGAGAUGACGGAGCUAAAUAUCCGGAGUUAGUGCUGGAAAGGGUGCUGGAUCGGGAGGAAGAGGCGGUUCAUCACCUACUCCUUACAGCCUCUGAUGGUGGCCACCCACCGAGAUCCCAAACCGCCCGCAUCCAAGUAACAGUGGUGGAUGUGAACGAUCACGCGCCAGUCUUCUCUUUGCCUCAGUACCAAGUAACUGUCCCUGAGAACGUGCCGGUGGGCGCAAGAUUGCUCACGGUACACGCUGUUGACUUGGAUGAGGGAGUCAAUGGGGAAGUGACAUAUUCUUUCCGGAAAAUAACUCAGAAGAUUCUACAGAUAUUCCGACUGAACUCUCAUACAGGAGAAUUAUCAACUUUAGAAGGCCUAGAUUAUGAAGAGUCCAGCUACUAUGAAAUGGAGGUUCAGGCUCAGGACGGUCCUGGUAGUAUGACAAGGGCUAAAGUAAUUAUCACAGUUUUAGAUGUGAAUGACAAUGCCCCAGAAGUGACUGUAACAUCUGUAAGCAACUCAAUCCCUGAAGACACUCCUCCUGGAACCGUAGUUGCUCUUUUCUACCUUCAAGAUCGAGAUUCUGGCAAGAAUGGUGAGGUGACCUGCACUAUUUCAGAAAAUCUUCCUUUUAAAUUAGAAAGAUCAAUAGACAAUUAUUAUAAGUUGAUGACAGCGAAAAACCUAGACCGGGAAAAAUGCUCUGUGUAUAACAUCACACUGAAAGCCACAGAUGGUGGAACCCCACCCUUGUCCUCAGAAACUCAUAUCUCCAUGAAUGUGGCAGAUACCAAUGACAACCCGCCUGCCUUCCCCCAGUCCUCCUAUUCUGUCUACAUCCCUGAAAACAACCCCAGAGGUGCCUCCAUCUUCUCUGUGACUGCACAUGACCCGGACAGCCGUGAGAAUGCUCGAGUCACUUACUCCCUGUCUGAAGACACUCUCCAGGGGGCUUCCUUAUCCUCCUAUGUGUCCGUCAACUCUGACACCGGCAUCCUGUAUGCGUUGCAUUCCUUCGACUAUGAGCAGUUCCGUGACCUGCAGUUGAGAGUGACUGCGCACGACAGCGGGGACCCACCGCUUAGCAGCAAUGUGUCCUUGAGCAUAUUCAUUCUGGACCAGAAUGACAACACACCAGAGAUCCUGUACCCCGCCCCCCCCACCGAUGGUUCCACCGGCGUGGAGCUGGCACCCCGCUCCGCAGAGCCCGGCUACCUG